AUGUUGGAUGAUAUUCGCAAAGAUGAAGAAGAUCCAGAUGAUAAAAUUAUUGCAACUCUUGAGAAGAAAUUGAAAAUGAAUAAGAAAAAGAAAUCAUUGGAUGAAAUUGAUUUAGAUCCUUCCAAGCCAUCCGAAUUAGACCAAUAUGUCAAUGAAAAAAGAAUGAAUAAGAAGAAAUCCUUGAAAGAAAAUUCAAAACAACAAGAUGAAGACGACAAUGAAGAUGGUGAAGAGAUUGUUCCUGGAUAUGUAGAGCCUGAAAUUGACGAAGAAGAUUUACAAGGUUUUAAUCAAAAUGACAAAAUGUUUGACUCCAUGCUUGGAAAUAUUGAUCCAGAAGAUUUGAUCGAUCUCGAUGCUGAAAUAGAUGCCAUGAUUGAAUCUGAACAAAAUGGAAUGUCUUACUCUGACUUUUUGCAAACAGAAAUACCAUCACUAGCCAGCAAGAUGAGAAAUGUUAAUCCACAAUCUGAGUCUGAAGAAAAUGAAGACGGUGAGGAAGCUGAGGAAAAUUCAGAAGAGGAAACGACCACCGCUACAAAAUAUAUUCCACCACAUUUAAGGAAGAAGCAAGUUUUAGAAGGUGGCAAAAAGAGUGAAAGCUAUUUAGCUCUACAAAAAAACAUUCGAAAUUUGCUGAACAAAUUAUCACUGGCUAAUUUAGCUCCUCUCACAAAGGAAUCUCUAUCGUUAUAUAACAGCAGCAGCAAACAUGAAUUUCAUGAAAUCAUUACAAAUACCAUCAUUGAAAGCGUUUGUGAUACUGUAGAUUUGAAGAGCCAAUUUAUUUUGGUAUAUGCUGCUUUUAUUAUUGCUCUACACAAUAUUGGAGAUGUCAGCAUUGGAGCUUAUUUCAUUGAAAAGCUGAUUCAAAAAUUUGACUCCAUCAUGACGGAAAGACAUCAAGCCUCAAACUUACUGACUCUGAUUUGUCAUGUGUACAACCUUGGAUUAAUUUAUUGUGGCCUCAUUUACGACAUUAUUAGAAUGUUAUGUCUGAAUAUUAGCGAAUUGAAUGUAGAAUUUUUGUUCAAGUUGUUACAAACGUGUGGCUUCCAAUUGAAAAUUGAUGACCCAGCCUCCAUGAAAGAAAUUAUUGAAGUCGUUCAAUCUACUUUUGAGAAACAUGAAGAGAGUCUCAAAGAUGAAGGAUCACCAGUUGCCAAGAGAAUGAAAUUUCUCGUUGAAAUGAUUGUUGAUUUGAAAAACAACAGAAAGCGAAAAUUCCAAGAAGACAUCUCUGAGCAAUACAAACAAUUGAAGCAAACUGUGAAAGAUAUGCAAAAACAAGAGAAAAAAACUGGAGAAAACACCCUUAGAAUUCCAUACAGUGACUUGAUCCAUGCAGAAACAAAAGGACGAUGGUGGCUAGUUGGAUCAGCCUGGGUCGGAAAUCAAGUAGGAACAGAAAGUGAUCUUUCUCAAGCCUCCUCUCUUGCAUCCAUCAAGAGUAAGGACUUUAUUGCAAACGCUCUCACAGACAUGGAUUCUAAACUCAUCCAAAAGCUUGAGAAACUUGCCAAAGAUCAAAGAAUGACCACCGAUUUAAGAAAAGCUGUAUUCUACAUCAUUAUGGGAAGUGACGACUUUCUUGAUGCAUUCCAACGUCUCGUUAAACUCGGUAUUCAAAAGAAUAACAGAGAAAUUGCAAGAGUACUAUUACACUGCUGUUGUCAAGAGAAGAAUUACAAUCCUUAUUAUGGUAAAUUGGCAGAAAAGUUGUGUAGUGUCGAAAAAACAGGUCGAGCCUUCCAAUACACCUUUUAUGAACACUUUGAUGAGUUGAGUAAGAGUUCGAUUCGCAAGAUUAUUAACCUGAGUCAGAUUUUGUCUGAGUUGAUUGGAAAGGGGUGUAUUUCUAUUGCCAUGCUCAAAACUAUUGAUUUUAACUCACUGGAUCAAUUGGAGAUUGUGUUUUUCAGAUUACUCAUUCUUCAUUUACUUUUGGACUUUACUGAACUUGAAACAACACGAUGCUUCCUCAGACUUGCGAAAUUGGACGAGCACGAAGAAUUGAAGGAGAGUUUGAUUUUGUUCCUUUACCAAUUUGUGAAAAAGGAAUUUAGAAGAGGUUUCAUUUACGAGCUGCUGUCUCUUACUGACAUUUCAAAGAAGGAUGAUAAGAAGUGGCUAAAACAACAAGAGAAGUUGGUAAAAUCACGAGCAAGCCUCAUGAGAAAAGUUUUGAGAACGGAUUUGAACGAUUUGGAUUAA